CUGUCAAACAAAAACAAACGCGUUCCGCCAUUUUGUGCGCUUCAUGCCCUCAUAGUUCAUAUGAGAACGAGGCGGCGUUUCGUUGUACAUCUGAUCUACAACUGUCUUCCGUGCUCCGCAGUCCGCUCUCAGUUGUCAGUAGACAAUUUUAAAUUAUUUUUACAACAUUUUAACGUCGUGCACUCGUGUCUUACACAACGAAAACGUUGAAUCGGUCACCAUCGAAGAAAUACGUGGGCUCGAUCGAUCGUAUAGCUGUUUGUCAACGAUAUAUUCCACAGGGAUUAUGUGUUGUUGACGUUAAGACGUGCGACACCAUUGUACAUUUUUAAAUAUUAUUUCGUCACAGUCGUUAUCGAAAACCGUCAAGCUGUCGACUAACGCGGUAUCGGAAAUGGCGUUGAGCACAACGACCAGCCAACCGGUACAAAACAACGUCCAAUCGUCACCAGGAACCGGGUGGCCUAAGCGCACAGCUCCAGUCAAAUCGUCUACGUGCCCGUCGCUCAACAGACAUAUAAAUUUGUAUCCUCUAUCAAAUUAUAAAUUUGGUACAAAAGAACCUUUAUUUGAAAAAGAUCCAUCUGUACCAGCUAGAUUUCAACGAAUGCGUGAUGAAUUUGAAAAAAUUGGUAUGCGCCGUAGUGUUGAAGGCGUUUUAAUAGUUCAUAAACAUGGGUUGCCGCAUGUUUUAUUAUUGCAGUUGGGCACCACAUUUUUUAAACUGCCAGGUGGAGAACUAAAUCCUGCAGAAGAUGAGGUCGAAGGACUUAAACGAUUACUAACUGAAACUUUAGGCAGACAAGAUGGUGUUCAGCCAGAAUGGACUGUUGAAGAUACCAUUGGCAAUUGGUGGCGACCUAACUUUGAACCUCCAACUUAUCCAUAUAUACCACCACACAUAACUAAGCCCAAGGAACAUAAAAGACUUUUCUUAGUUCAGCUACCUGAUAAAGCAUUGUUUGCUGUGCCGAAAAAUUACAAAUUGGUGGCAGCCCCUUUGUUUGAGCUGUUUGAUAACGCUCAAGGAUAUGGAUCUAUUAUUUCCUCAUUGCCUCAAGCACUCGGAAGAUUCAACUUCAUUUAUAUGUAAUUUAGAACUUAGCUGUAGGAUAUUUUAAACAUUUGCUGCCCAUCAAUCGUUGAACAGAUUUUUCUACGAUUUAAUGUAAUUGUAAAGUAGAUUUAUUAUCAGUAAAUUAUAUUGAAUUGAGAAAUUGUCUGACCAUUUGAAACUAUUACAAACUAUCGUCACCAUUUUAUGAAAUAUUAUAAUUUACAUAUAUACACCUAAUGUUUUAAAUUAUUGUUGUGGGUUUGUAAGUGAUUUAUAGCUAUUGAUUUUUGUAAAUUACCCAAUUUCCCAUUAAUUGCAGUUUGAUACUGUGUUAGAAUUUUAAAUAUCUAUCUUAAUUUUAUUUUCAUUAUCGUUGGUUGAAUAAAUACAUUAAACCAAAUUUUCUGUACUGUAUUAUAGUAAUUUGUGUUACAGAUUAACUGGUUAUUUUUAUACUAUAAUAAAUUUAGUAUUACACAUCAAAAUUGCUGUGCUGGUAUUUUAAUAGAAAAACGCUUUUUUUUUUCGUUUUCUAUAUUAAUACAACGCGAUUAAUAAAAUAUUCUUUGAUCUUAUAGUAUCAAAUUUUAUAUUCAACUUUUUAUAAUUAAAUGCCUUUUGAUACAUUAAUUUAUUAUUUUCAACAUAGUAUUUCUACUUCUUACAGUGACUGCAAUAGUUUACUAUCAAAACCCUACUUUAAAAUGCCUGGCCUGCACUUAAACAUAAUAAUUUGGACAUGUUUCAUAAUUCAAUGAAAAAAAAAAUUAAACUAUUCGCUGUAGUUACACAAAAAUAUGUAAUUGACAUUAUUUAAUAUAUUAUUAUAUUUUAUACAUUAAUACUACCAACGACCUACUUUUAUUUAUAAUUAAUGGUAUUACCUAAGAUAAUGGUCCUUUGUUUUAUAUAGGAAAUAAUAGAAUUUAUUUGAUAGAAGUAUAAUGUGUAUAUAUAUACAGAGAUUAACCAAUCAUGCCAACCCCCUUUUUUCUUCAAUAAUGUAGUCAUUCAAAAUUCUUAAAAAUAGUUUUGACUAACACAUCAACUUUUUGUACAAAUAAUAUUCAAUGAUAAUGGGUUUGGAAGCUGAAGAUAUGAAUAUGGCUAUAGAUAUGGUGAUUUGAAAAUUGUUGUAACUAAUAAUAAUCUAUCAACAAUCAGCAUUUUUAAUUUUUAAACAUGGUCCAAGACCCAAUGAAUAACUAAGAAACUUCUCUUUAAUUAUAUUUACCAAUUCCAAAAAAUCGCAAGUUAAACUAAUUAAUUAUUAAAGGAAAAAUAGGGGUAAGCGUGCACGGAUAAAUCACUGUAUAGGUUAUUUUCAAAAUUAACUUUAACUGUAAUCAUCUUAUUAUAUUAUUUACUUGUGCAGUAGUGCGAUUAAUGUGUAUUGACAUAUUGUUUAUUUGCUGUAUUGCCUGUAAUCUGUUUUAUUUUUUUUUAAACGUCUGUACCUAAUACUGUGUAUAUUGUGUUUUAUUUUGUCUAAAAAAAAUACGUCAAACAGAAAUAACUGAACUGAUUUCUUCAUUAACUCAAAAAAAGUUAUCAUAAUUAGCUCAUUAUUGUUUUUUUUUUUUUUGCUCUGUGCUCUUUUGGCGUUACCCAACAUUAUAUAAGUAGUUAUUGGCCCCAUUUCCUGGUUCCACCAUUGCUCCAGUCAGUCUAACCAUUUAUAACUGUAUAAUUAUUAAUUUAAACAAUAUAAUAUUUAAAAUUUCAAGUAAAAUAGUUUAGAGUAAAUAAUGUGAAUUUUAGUAACUAUUUCACUAUCGUUAUUUUUUUAUUAUUCCUUGAUUGUGAUUUUUCAUGAAUAAAUUUGUUGUGACCUGAUUAUUGCAGAUCCACAAACCAAA